CCAUUGCUGUCCUGAGUCACGUGUCGAGGGGAAGCGGGAAGGUGUCGUUCUCUUUUUGUAGCCCCCUUGUCCGCCAUGUUUUCAGGCCGGGUCUGGCUUGGUCGUUUCCCGUAAGGAAAUGGCCGGGGAAUUCCAGGGAACCCAGGCGCCGUUGCCUCGGCGGAGCCUGGACUGAGGAGGAAGGGCGGCGGGGUAAACCCGAGCGGUUCUGCUCAGGGUAGGAGGCCAUGGCGUCCGGCAGUAACUGGCUGUCCGGGGUGAAUGUCGUGCUGGUGAUGGCCUACGGGAGCCUGGUGUUUGUACUGCUAUUUAUUUUUGUGAAGAGGCAAAUCAUGCGCUUUGCAAUGAAAUCUCGGAGGGGACCUCAUGUCCCUGUGGGACACAAUGCCCCCAAGGACUUGAAAGAGGAGAUUGAUAUUCGACUAUCCAGGGUUCAGGAUAUCAAGUAUGAACCCCAGCUUCUUGCAGAUGAUGAUGCUAGAUUGCUACAGCUGGAAACCCAGGGAAAUCAAAGUUGCUACAACUAUCUGUACAGGAUGAAAGCUCUGGAUGCCAUUCGUGCCUCUGAGAUCCCAUUUCAUGCUGAAGGCCGGCAUCCACGUUCCUUAAUGGGAAAGAAUUUCCGCUCCUACCUGCUAGAUCUGCGAAACACUAGUUCUCCUUUCAAGGGUGUGCGCAAGGCCCUCAUUGAUACCCUAUUGGAUGGCUAUGAGACAGCCCGCUAUGGAACAGGGGUCUUUGGCCAGAAUGAGUACCUGCUCUAUGAGGAGGCCCUGAGUGAACUGGCUACCGUGGUCAAAGCACGAAUUGGGAGCUCUCAGCGACAACACCAGUCAGCAGCCAAAGACCUAACUCAGUCCCCUGAAGUCUCCCCAACAACCAUCCAGGUGACAUACCUCCCCUCCAGUCAGAAGAGUAAACGUGCCAAGCACUUCCUCGAAUUGAAGAGCUUUAAGGAUAACUACAACACAUUGGAGAGUACUCUGUGAUGGAGCUGAAGGACUCUCACUGUAGACUGAGCCAGACAGACACAGUGUGCAAGACAGGCUGCUUGCUGGACAGCUCUCAGGACAUCUGGCUCAGCAUGCCCAGACUGUUAUCAGCUGAAAUUCCCAUUGUGUCCAGAGUUCUUAGAGUUUGUGCCUAGAGGGUCAUUCCCCAACCCUUUCUUAUGGGCAUUUUUAGAACAUCAGCUAAGAUUUUAUUUUUCCCCAGUAGCACUCUUUUCUGGAUUUCAAUUCAGAUGUUAUUCUUCAUGUUAUGCCAAAGCUUCAUUAAAAAUCUCACUUGGUUUUGGCCAUAGUUCUCUUGCCCUGUUCCAGGCUAUUUAAUCUCAAAGGUGAGACUUGGAGUGAGGUGUCUUCCAUGUGUAACCCUUUGUACAUGGUUGGAUGGGAACUGUUUGGACAUCUCAGUGUUGACUGGUAAAAGAGGAACUGGUGGGGAGGUCGGGUGAGGAAAUGGGUGGUAUGUGAAACAACUUACCCUGGUACUCCACUUAAACUGGGAUGUGUUAAAUCAUUAACACAACUUUCCUGACUUGUAAAGAUCUGCCCUUCCACUUUCAUUCCAUACUCUGUCGUGAAUAAAUCAUAUAAAAAGGAAUGUUCUGAUACAUGGUAUAAUCUAUUCCAGGGUAAGAGACAGUAUGAAGGAGUGGUUUCCCCUAACAAGCCAAUGCAUUGGUUUGACUUUAUAAAUUAGUUAUUUAAUAAAAAGAAGUAUUAAAAAAUAAA